AUGAACGCCAACACUGACACCGAUGGUCUCCUGAAGGCCUUGCAGAAACUGGACGAGACAGGUCGUGGCCUAUUCGUUGAGUACCUGCCCACCGACAAGGUCAAAGACGUCCUUCUACUUCUCCUUCGCGAGAGAGACGCGAUGCUAGUCCUACAAAACCAAUCGCUCCCACAUGUCUCCCAAGCCAGACAUCCUCUCUUCUUACAGCAGCCGCUCGCUUAUACUCCAUUUGCUAUGCAUCCUGUCCCUGCUCAGGAAUCUGUCACUACAUCCAAUAAGCGGAGUAUUUCCACAGCGAUUGAUGACAACUCGAAGCGAGCAAGAAUCGAUGCAAUUGUAGCUCAGAACGCCAAACAGAGUGCGGCGCAAACCCUAGUAAAGGAAGAGGACGAGAUCAUCGAGAUCACUAGCGAGGCAGGACAUGCGGAAGCCGAGACUGAUGUUCAAUCAAAAGCGAAAGAUAUAUGCGAACCGGCAGACUUGGACAUGCACCUGCGGAUUCCCAGGCCGUCGGGUCCCGUUAUGUGGAAAAAUAUGGACGACCUUCCUAUCCCAGUCCGGGCCGAGCUUGAGCGACAUUUCAAAGAGAUGUGGUUGUCUGGCAAGAAGAAGGCUCAAAAAUACGCAAAAUUUACUCACAGCCCGGCAAAGUACAUGAUGAGAAAAUGCUGCAUUAGCAGUCUAUACAUCCGUGAUGGACCGAGUCGAACCGAUGAUAGCGAAGGUAGCGAGCCUAAAAAGACGGCGGAUGAUAGAUGCAUUCGCAUUCGUCGGCCUUGUGCUUACUUUGCCAAGUACAAGGACCGCUAUAUCAUCCAUCUGGUGCCUCUUCCCUUACGUUUUCGAAAGGGCAAGAGCUGGACAGAGAUUGACUAUUGGGUAAAUUCACGGGGCAGUUGA